GCACCCGCUGGCCGGCUCCAGCAGCGAGGAGGCCGUGGGCGGCGAUAGCACGCCCAGUCCGGACCUGCUGAUGGCCCGCAGCUUCGGUGACAAGGAUCUCAUUUUGCCCAACGGCGGUACCCCAGCAGGCACUUCAAGUCCGGCUUCUUCGUCCUCCCUGCUCAACAGACUUCAACUUGAUGACGACAUGGAUGGCGAGACCAGAGAUCUCUUUGUCACUGUCGACGACCCGAAGAAGCACGUGUGUACUAUGGAGACCUACAUCACGUACAGGAUCACCACCAAAAGUACGCGGGCAGAGUUUGACCUGCCAGAAUAUUCUGUUCGCCGAAGAUACCAGGACUUCGACUGGUUGAGGAACAAACUGGAAGAAUCCCAGCCCACUCAUCUCAUUCCCCCGCUUCCUGAGAAGUUUGUGGUGAAAGGUGUCGUGGAUCGUUUCUCAGAAGAAUUUGUGGAGACCAGAAGAAAAGCUUUGGAUAAAUUCCUAAAAAGAAUUACAGAUCACCCUGUACUUUCUUUCAAUGAACACUUUAAUGUUUUCCUUACUGCUAAGGACCUGAACGCCUACAAGAAGCAAGGGAUAGCACUGCUGACCAGAGUGGGCGAGUCAGUCAAGCAUGUCACCGGAGGCUACAAGCUGAGGAGUCGGCCCCUUGAGUUUGCAGCCAUAGGCGAAUACUUAGAUACCUUUGCACUCAAACUGGGAACCAUUGAUCGAAUAGCCCAGCGGAUCAUCAAAGAAGAAAUAGAGUACCUCGUAGAGCUGAGAGAAUACGGGCCUGUGUACUCUACAUGGAGCGCGUUAGAGGGUGAGCUGGCUGAACCCCUAGAGGGCGUGUCGGCUUGUAUUGGGAACUGUUCUACGGCCUUGGAAGAGCUGACAGAUGACAUGACAGAAGACUUCCUACCUGUGCUCAGGGAAUAUAUUUUAUACUCUGACUCCAUGAAGAGCGUACUGAAGAAGAGGGACCAAGUUCAAGCAGAGUAUGAAGCCAAACUGGAAGCUGUGGCUCUGAAAAAGGAAGACCGCCCCAAGGUGCCAGCAGACGUGGAGAAAUGUCAGGACCGCAUGGAGUGUUUCAAUGCUGACCUGAAGGCCGACAUGGAGAGGUGGCAGAACAACAAGAGGCAGGACUUCCGGCAGCUGCUCAUGGGGAUGGCCGACAAGAACAUCCAGUAUUACGAGAAGUGCCUCAUGGCGUGGGAGUCGAUCAUUCCACUACUGCAGGAGAAGCAAGAGGCCAAGUAAGCUCUUCUCGGGACAGAGACUCUCCUACCUGCAUAGGGCAUGGCACCCGCACCGGAGCGUCCCCGCAGCGCCAAAGUGGUGGCGCCGGGAAAACAGCCACAGACACCUCUCCUGUGUGUACCUGCCCCCUUCUUUGUCCUGCAGCUGUUUUUAAUUAGUAUUUAUUCCUCAGUGGAGUCUGUGAGGCUAGACUGGUCUCUCAGCAAAGCAAGCGUACGUCCAUGUGAUGAAGGAAACUAUUCGAUGGAGCUCUAGGAAGGUCGGAACUCGAGGGACAUGACAACCCACAGCGGACAUCCUGCCAUCUCAUGACCGUCUUCUCUGGGACAGCUGCAUUGCCUGUCGUGGGGGAGAACAUCGGUCCUGCCUCUGAAGGAAAAGUGGAGGAGGCAUGACAAGAAGGCAGCCAUUGCUUUCUGCAGCCACGCAGCGGCUCUGGGGUUGACCUCUGUGGGCACUGACGUGCCUCAGCCCAGAAGGCGGUGUGGGCACCUCGGCGGGGAUUCCUUAAUGUACAGUGGCCUGUAGCUGUGAGUGCGGCCUGCUGCCUGCGCGUGCCGAGUGCCGCCUGUUCUGUUGUUCAGGUUCAUGUCGGGCCGUUUAAGUCAGUGUCUGUGUGCAUCCGUGCUUGAGCGAGCAAACCAGCAUCCUUGUCCAGAUGUGACGCCUCAGGAGGCUGAGGGCAAGGCUGCCCAGACUGGUUUCUGACACUAGAAUGCAACAGCGUGGACAUUGUGUGUGUAAAAUGGAAAAAAAAAAAAGGUGCAUUUUUCUCCGUGAAGGUCUUCAAUGUUUUUUUUCUUGCUUGUGAAUUGUCAUCAAAGUAGAGUUUAGACCUGUUAGGGAGUAUCUAUUGUCUUGAAGUCCAAGUGGCUCCCCUGUUGUCGAGACCAGUAGGCAUACACCAGGCCUCAGCCUCACCUCCAACGUCUAUCUGUGCAAUUUGCCUUUAUCUCACCAAAAAUAUCCAGCUCGGUAUCUCCUCCUGUGUCCCCUGAAUGUCUGGGCAGCCUGUUGGUGAGGGGGCUGGUAGGUCAUAUGACACAGUCGAAAUGUGUAAGCCCAGUGCGAAUGUUCUACAUGAAGUGCUUUAACCCUUACCGUUGCCUCCUUUGGAAGAAAUCAGUACCUGGACGGGCCUCGACGAUGACAAGCGUCACAGCAGGCUCUACUUUCAGACGAGCUAAAACCUCCUCAGUUUGCAGCCAAAUUCCUGGGGACCACUGGCUGUGUCUGACAUCUUCAUUUCAAAUUAUUACCAAGUUUCUUUUUCAGACCAACAAAGCAGACGGAAAGGAUCUUUCUUAUUUCUCUCUCUCUCUCUCUCUCUUUUUUUUUUUUCCUUCUGAAAUGAAGCUACAGCAUGUGUCAUAUUUAUGUCCUUCCAUCGGUGGCACAUCCCUAGAGAAUGAUAAGUCUGAGCCUCGGACAGGAGAGUGUUUGAAUUAAACAGCUGUGCUAAGAUCCUGCAUCAUGUGCAAGUUAACCUGCAGGUGCCAGUCAACGUGCAGCAUGUAACGUCACUUCACCCCACUUCUAACUGCGAAGCUGAUUUUCCGGCACCCCACAGCCAUCAUCCUGGUGGGACAGCAAAGGACAGUUUGGUUCAGUUUUGUUGUGUUGGACAAAGUUGCCAUUUAAAUGAUCAUUUUCACAGUAAUUGGUACCUGCCUGUACUGUUAAUCCCCAUUUGUGCCAUUUGAAAACCCAUUGAUGUGAAUUUUCAGUUUGGUACAAUUAGAAAUGAUUCACUGAAGUGGAAGGGUAGGCACAAUCCACUACCCAAGUGGUGAUUCAGCGUUUCAUUCUACCUCUGAACAAGCGUGUUGGCGUGGGUGUGGACAUCUGGGUCUGACCUGCAGCGUGCUGGUAGAAUGGGAGCAUAUGUCUCGCGGUGAGUUGACAGCUCUCCGUUGGCAUUUGGCGGAAGACUAGACCAACCCAGCAGCAAAUGCUUAUCUUUGGGAACAUUGGAAGUUUUGCCUUGUGAACUGUGUGCUUUAAAAUGAUGUCCGCAGUAAUGAAUUCUUGAAUCGUGGAAAGAGUUAUUGAAAAAUUAGAAUCUGACUACCUACUAGAUGCCAAAGCCCAGACACAUCCCCGUGUAAUGGUUAGAAGGGAAAGGAGGCAGUCUUUCAAAAAAAAUAAAUAAAUAAAAUCGUCAGGUCCUCACGGGGGAACGCCAGGAGCGGACUUUGACUUGAACUGCGGAGUUCACUUGGUAUCAGCCACCACCGUGAUGCUGGUAGAGCAGCAGUCGGAGAGCAAAGGGCAGUUUGGGUCAGUUUCACUGUGUUGGAUCAAGUUGCUGUUUAAAUGGUGAUUUUCCUACUUGGUACUUGCCCAUUCAGUAAGGAGGGGAGCAGGUCCACGUUCACGCUUUCCCGUCAUGGGAGGCAGAAGACCGGCUCUGAGGGGAUUCCGGCACCUUGGGGUUUUGUCUUGGUUCCCCACGUGACAUCCUGUGCUGGAGCAAGGCAGACUUCCUGUCUGUUAAUAAUCUGCAUGCCGUUAAUAGCAGAGCCAGGAAAACCAGCAUACGGUACAGACUUCCUUGGAGAAAUGUCCUUUCAGGUCCUUGCAGUGAAGGGACUCUUGUCCCGGUCCUCAGGCUGGCAUCUGAUGGAGUGAGGAGCUAGGCUCAGAAGGAAGGAGGCUCUCCAGCCUGUCGCACCCCGCACCCCGUAAGUCUGCCUUGGGCCCCUGCAGCCAUCCGAAGCAUUUGCCUCUUUGUCUUGCUCCAGCACACAGGCAGUUCCUAGGGGAAGUGUCACUUGGAGACUUCUGUGCCAAAGACAGCCUCGUAGAGGCCUCACCACUCUAUCCCUCUUGGCUCCGCAAAAUCAUGGUCUUGAGAUCCAACUCCUCUCUUACACUCAUUUUCCAUGAGAUUGUUGCCUGAGGGUGCAGUGAGAUAGUCAUCUCUUGCAACUGUCUGAACCUGGGAAGCAAGAGGUUUCUGUUCUCACCCAUGUUAAAAAUGCAGGCUAAGGCAGAAGAGAAUUCCUAGGAACUGAGAUUGUAAAGAUGCAAAUGCCGUUUAAGGGAGCAGUUGUAUUUGUCGGGGGUAAGGACGCUGCCCUUCCUUAUUCUCAUGGUGGAGCUGCACAGAGGCUCUUGGCCACUCUGCUCAAAGAAAGGGACCCGCUGCUCCUAGAGGAAGGAACCUGCUUCCAGCCAGGUGUGGCUUUGGGUUCUGUUCUUUAUUAUGGCUUACUGGCUGCUGGUGAAUUUAAAGUGUGAUUAUGGGGGUGAUUGGCUUGCUAUAUCAGCAGGCUGCUCAUUGAACUCACCAGAUACCUUCCCUUAGCUGAAAUAACAAAAAACAAGCUUGACCCUGGGGAGCAUGGUGAAUGUAAAGUAAGGAGUUUGUUUGUUUUUUGUCUUGUUUUAUUUAAGUUUUUUUUAUAUAGGGCACAUGCACUCGCUGGAGAGAGACAGAGA